GUUGGCUCUCGUGCGGUCUGCGUGACUGGGUGAAUAGCAUCCCAAAUUAAACUCCACUCUCGAGUCCGCCGCCGCCGCCGUCGCCGCCGCCGGAGUUCCGUUCGCCGCCUCCCCUCAUCGCCGAAGGCCGCCCGCGGUGCUCGCAUUUGCCUCAAAGCUGCAAGACUGAGUGAGGGAGAUCACUCAAGUCAAUAGUGUGGACAGCCAUGGACAUGGGGGCAAUUUUGAGAAGCGCCACUCGUCUUCUUGAGAUGGCCGGGGGCACCCACCCACAUCCUGAUGCUCUGGGACGCCUCCGACGGGUGCUGGGCGCCACUGCGGCACAUUGCAUCUCUAACCCCAUCUUCACCGAUUCUUUCAAACAGAUGUUGGACAACUUCGUUGGCAAUUUCAGCAAUGACACCAGGAAGGUGGACAAUCUCACCGCUCGCCUCCAGGCCACGCGCAGCCCUGAAGGCCACCAUAAAGGCCUCCGCCACGGUGUCUCCCCCACUGCCCAGCUCGCCGGCCUUCAUGGAAAUGAUCUAUUCCGUGCACUUAUGGCCCUGCAGCUGCCCGUGACCGCGCCUCCGGAAUUCUGCCUUGAGGCCACUCUCGCCGCGCAGAGCCUCAUCGUGCACGACCACCUCGACCUUUUCAUCCACCUCUGUGAGGAGGCCACCUUCAACGGCGACAGUACGGCGGUCAAUGAGUUCAACUUCAUGGUCUUCAUGGACCACAUAAAUACCUUGGAGAAGUUCAUGCAAGAGCACAUUGACCUCGCCGACGCCGCUGCCACUUCACGUGCAACCACUGGCCAAGCGAAGUAAAAGCUUGAUCGCCAUAGUUAAGCUAGCUAGCUGCAAGUAAGACGAAGAUGGGCCAGGAGGGUCAUUGAUUGAUCCUUAUCUGGCUUCCGUGUGUACUUUGGUGGAUCUCGUUAUCGAGCCAAGAACAAAAACCACUACUUAUGUAUGUAUUAUGCUACUUGUCAGCGAUCGGGUGUCAUAAGUACUAGUAAUGGUUUUGAUCAAACUGCAACCUAUGCACUUGGCCUGCUAUAAUUAAGUUUGUACAAUGGAAUUUGCUUGGCACCAA